GAGAGAGGAGGAGAGAGGGAGAAAGUGAGCUCACGUUCACACAUUGGGGAAGAGGCUGGUCUUGCAAUGCCUUUGAAUAUUUUACUUUUCGGCAGUUUCCCAUCAGUCAGCCGCACGCAGCCAGGCUGAGCUGAGGCUCGCCGCAGCCAUGGGCAGCACGGGGAGCCCUGAGGUCUAACCGCAGGCACCCGACCCCGGGGCUGUUUUCUUAAAAUCACGCACUCAGGCAGGCAGGCAGCGCCCGCUGCGCUCGCACAGCCGGCAGAGCCGCCAGCGCCCGCGCGGCCGCCGAGCAGACACCUUUUCUCUUCUCGCAGGAGAUCCCCGCGCACACUCACACGCAUCUCCCCGAGCCUCCUCCUGGCUUCCCGGAGGAUCGUGCCGGCUGCUUCCCAUGGAGAAAGUCCAGGGAGAAAUGGAGAUCGAGAGGUGGGAAAGAAGUGAAGAGAUCUCGGAGGCGGAAAAGAAGGUGAUUCAAGAGACAUGGAGCAGAGUAUACGCAAACUGCGAGGACGUUGGGGUCUCCGUGCUCAUCAGGUUUUUCGUCAACUUCCCGUCAGCCAAGCAGUACUUCAGCCAGUUCAAGCACAUGGACGACACGCUGGAGAUGGAGAGGAGCUUGCAGCUGCGCAAGCACGCCCAGCGGGUCAUGGGGGCCAUUAACACCGUGGUGGAGAACCUCAACGACCCGGAGAAGGUCUCCUCCGUCCUGGCCCUGGUGGGCAAGGCCCACGCCCUCAAGCACAAAGUGGAGCCCGUCUACUUCAAGAAACUCACUGGCGUCCUGCUGGAGGUCAUCUCCGAGGCGUACGGCAACGACUUCACCCCGGAGGCGCACGGCGCCUGGACCAAGAUGCGGACCCUCAUCUACACCCACGUCACGGCGGCGUACAAGGAGGUGGGCUGGGCGCCAUACCCCAACGCCACCCUGUGAGGGACAGCGGGCACGGGUGAGGGGCGGGGAGGGGGUCGCUCAUGCCAGGACCCCGCCCUGGUCUCUUCUCAAAAGAUCUUUCGCUCGGUCUGGGGAGCCCGGUGGGGCCGGCUCCGGGAGCUGCCAAGUCAUAAUUUGAUCUCUAUAGGGUUUAAAAAAAUAAUAAAUCACAACGACAAGCCAAAAAGAACCACGAAGGGUGCGGGCGGGUCGGGGUGAAGCAGGGGGUGCGUUGGUUGUGGGCUCCAUCCUCCCAUCCCGGCCCGUCCAUCACCGGAUCCCGCGCUCGCCGCCGCCGCGUCCCUCGGGCGAGCUGUGCCGAAAGGCAGCAGCGUGCAGCUCACCGCUGGGUGAAACCACCCUCGACCGCCCUCGCUUUCCAUGCAAAGCCCCUCGGGGAAACCCAGCUCCUUGCUUUUUUUUUCGGGCCCACCGGCUGCCCUCCCCGACACUGCGCUUCGCUUUGCCUGCACCGCUCCCCGCAGCCUCGCAGGGCUGCCCCGCGCCCUCUGCGUCCCCGGGCCAGUGCUCCUUGCCCUCCUCACCCGCAGCUCUCGGCUGCCUGUUGCAGACCGUCCCGGGGCUGCAGGGAGCAAGGGGACGGAUGGAUGUGCCACUUGGCCCCGUUGGGAGAGAGAAAAGGGAAGGACGGAGUGCCUCCGGGUGGGUGCAUGAGCCCGCCCGUGGGUCCCGCGGGGAUGAUGCUGAUGGCAGGGAUGUGCGUGAGGAUGGGUUCAGGUGGCACGUGUCGUGCCUGGGCUGCUGCCCACAGCCCUGGUAGCUUGUGUGUGCGUGUCUGCCUGUCUGGCAGGGACGUGGAGUCAGGACGAGAAGGGGAAAUUGGGAAUUAAGAGAGGGAAAGAUGAAGUGGCUGCAGCAGGAGGGAUUCCUGGGGGUGAAGGAAGGCUCCUGCCCUGCUAAAAUCAAAGCUUUUACGUAAAGAAUAUUCCUGCCCUCUUGGUGAGGCUGGGCUCCUCCAGAUGAAGUGCCUGGUAGAAAUCCCCCCAUGCAGGAGGACCUCGUGGGCCCGGCAGUGCUCCCACCUGUCCCGGCAGAGGGGGGGCCCCCCGUUACCUCCCGCGGACAUGUUAGCUUUGUAGGGGGCCUGGGGGCCGGCUGGUGGGAGUCCAGGGAUGGUAGUUAGCUAGGAAGCUUGGCAUCCGUGCCACCUGGUACUGCCCAAGCUGUCCCUUACACUUAAAGGCAAUGUCACCUAUUGAAGUUUGUGUGUGAGCAGCCAGGAAUUCCUGCUCUGCUCGCCCACAGCUGGCUCCUCUCUUCUUGUAAGCACCCGCAGGGAAUCCUUUUUGCUCGCGUUGUUUGGGAUCUUUUUCUGCCCCAGCCUCUCCCCUAAGAAGCUGGAUACAAUCUGGAGAGGUCCCCGGGGCUCCUGUGCCUGCCAGCCCCGUGUGCCUGUUCCUACAGAUGUGUUGGGGUUUUCUCCUUCCUCCCUUCUUUGGCUGUAACGGGGUUUUGCUCUGGGUAGGUGGGAGCCCGCACAGGGGGGCACACACCAGCUCUGGAGGCUUUCUCGCAUCCUCUGAGCUCAGUUAUGUGCAGCCUGGGCUUUGUCCCAUUGCCCCCUGGCUUUAGGCAAAGGGGGAUCUGGGGAGGACCCGGAGCCCCUUGGUGGUGCUCCUGCACCUUCCUGGCUCGCAGGCUGCCAGGGGAGCCAGCAGGAGAGCCUUCAGCCCCUCGGAGAGGCAGAGCGAGGGGGGAGAAAGCUGCCAGGAGGAGGAAGAGGAGGAGGAUUUCCACCGGUGAGCAGCAUCCCAAGGCCUGCCUGAACCAGGGAGGCACGUCACAGCCCGAAAGCAGCCUUGGGAAGGUGGGCAUGGGGUGAGGAGGGGCCCUGCCCCUGCAGCAGGGUCCCUGGCAGUCAGCACCCCUGAAUUUCAGCCCACCAACCUGCACCCCUAAAGGUGCCGGCACCUUCUGGCGUCCAAGCAGCUGCUCACCGCUUGCAGAGGCACCCUUCAACCGCCAGCUGUGCUCACAGCUGGCCGCUGUCAGGAUCAGGCCCCUUGCAGAUGGGAAAAGACCUGGUCAGCCCUUGGCCCCGCUCCAGCACAAAGCAGGGAGCGAUCGCUUGGAGCGGGGCCGCGAGGUUUUUUUUGUGCGUGCAUCACCAGGCUCUCACAAGUGCAGUUGCACCGACCUCUGCCAAACCCUCGGGGCCAGCCAGGCGUGUUUUCGCCGAGUUCAGUACUCGCCGUGCUCUGCCGGGCCGUAUGGGGACGUUUCAUCUUUAGACAAAAGUUCACGUGUUAACCUUCUGAGGUUAAUGUUCUCCAGGCUGAGAUUUUAUUUUGGGGUGGAAACCUUUUCCUCUGCUCUCCCUCCCCUCAGCCAAAACCGGGCUCAGCUGCGGCCCUGCAGGAAGCAGAAAAUUGCUACAGCUAGAAAGAAAGGGGGGGGCGUCUGCUCUGUGGCUGGGCUUGGGGAUGGGAAUGCUCUGCCAAGGGCCCCUCUCCAUCGGCUCCAGCUGGAUGUGGUUUGACGGGAGGUGACCGUGGGGAGGCCACCAAGUCCCCGUGUUCACUUCUGACCCACCUGCGUGCCCGGGCUUUGGGGGAGCAGCCGGCAGCAGUGAGGUUCCCCCACGUCAAAGCCAUCGACCAGGUGUCUGCAGGGACCCUCGUGUCCUCCCCCAGCUCCUGGUGAGACCCCUGGGGUGGCUCAGGCUGGGGACAGCCCUGUCCCCAAGGGCUUGGACAACUCCUUUACGUGGCCAGCCCAGGUUGGGGAUGAAGGUAGGUGGGUUUGGGGUCUGGGCCUGGCUGAGCCCUGUCCCCGCUGGUGCCCAAUGCUCUUCAGACAUUACCCCCAGAGCUGCAGGAUCUUGGGACAUUGUUUGGUUUCUUCUUUUUUUUUCCCCCCCCUCUGUUUAGUUUAUUCUCUUUUUUCCCUCUCCAUGUCUAGAAAAACCGGCCCAUGGCUGCAUGUGUGCACGCAUGUGUGUGUCGGGCUUGUUUAUUUUCCAGACAUACUUUUCUAAACCAAAUCCAGAUGCGUGCAGCUGCUGUCCCUCGAGGAUCCACCCCAUCAGCCAAAUUGCGAGCCACUCAAAUAUAUGCAAACAAAACAUGUUUAUUUUUACCAGCUCUGUAGGAAGUAAAAAUGAAGUGGGGAAGGUGGCCAGGGCAGAGCUUGCUCGGGGAAGAGACAGAGAUAAAGCGAACGCCCCCGCUCUGCCGCCCUCAGCAAAGCAGCCAUGGCUUAAAUUGGGAAAAUUGUCAUCUGGGGAGAGAUGAAAAUGAACAGAAAAAGGAAAAAAUAUCAUUCCGGAGUGACAGAGGGAUGAAAAAUGCGGUGGGGAAGAGCGGAAAGGGAGGGCAGGGCUUGGCUCUCCAGCGUGCGCAGCUGCUCGGUGUCACAGCCAGCUGGCAGCUGGUGGCCGUCCUGUCCUCCGGGAAGUGUGGCACUUUGCCUCCCAUGUGCUCCUGUGCCCCCCGUGAGCCUGCCCUGCUCAGAGCUGCCUCCCCUGGCAGCAGGGCAGGAUGUGGCCCCUCGCUCAUACAGCGGCUCGGUGCCGCUGGCUUAGCCUCGGUGCCAGGCUUGGACCCGUGAGCCGGUGGGAAAGGUUUGUGCCCCCGCCAGCAGGAUGAGUGCUGAGCUGGAGGGGUGGGAUUCGGCAUCCCCAGGGCAGGAUCUGGCCCCAAGCAUCUCCUCUUGGCUCCCUUUGGGAACACCCACUUCCCCCCUAAUUUGGCACCGCGUUUGGCCGGCUGGAGCUGGGUGCUCCGUGCCCAAGGACAGCGGGAGCGUUGGGUUCAGGGUGGGACAAAGACCCCGUCCACCCCAUCACCAUGGCUAGUGCAUACAUAGCUGCGUCUCAUUCACACCCACACCUCGAGAGAGACUGACUCCACCAGAGCCAAGGAGCCCCUGAGGACCUUGUGCCCCCUCCAUCACCUCCCUGUGGGGCCGGGGAGUCUGGCCACGUCCCUACCCUUGUGCUUCGAUCCAGCACAGGGGGCUGGGACCCCUCACUCCCUGGGGAACCUGCCCGGAGACUCCAGGGGGGACCAGAAUUUGGCCACCAGAGCUCAACCCUGGUGUGCUGGUGCCCGUGCGAGGACAGCUCAGGGCCACCCGCGGCGGCACCGGGAAGGCAGGCGAGGACGGGAAUGCCGCCACCGCACCGCGGACCGACUUCGGGAGGGAUAAAGCUGCCCGCGGGGCUCUGACCCGUUCCACGGGCUGCGCCGCUAACUAUUCUCCAUAGCUGAAGUUGUCUCUAAUCGUUAGUUUGUCCGAAGCCGUCCCCCAGUGACCCACAGACGUGAGCCGGCGCGCUCUGAUGUAGCUCUGUGUCUGUACCGUUACCGAUGCUGCUGCGGAUGCUCUUCAUGUACGUGUUUCUCGGCGCUUCCGUGCUGGUUUUAUACAUGCCGUCUAGUGUACGAUGGAUGUAACUGUUUUGGUUUUUUUCUUCCUUUUUGUAGGUUUUUAGUAUGUUUGUAACCAGACAGAAUGGUGUUAUUAAACUGAAACUUGUAUCUUCAGUGGAUAAAUCGAUCAAAACCCUC